ACACUACACCCACUACACGCACGCGUCGUUACCGUUUCCAGUACUGGGGAACGAAACCGCUCGCCUUGUCGAUCCACCCCGUUAUCAGCCAAGAUGAACGCGCCAGAUCGUUAUGAGCGCUUCGUGCUCCCCGAUGGCAUGAAAAAAGUGACUUACGAGCGCGACACCAAGGUGCUCAACGCGGCGACGCUGGUCAUCCAGAGGGAGGACCACACCAUCGGCAACCUGCUGCGCAUGCAGCUGCACAGGGACGCUCAUGUGCUCUUUGUAGGAUACCGCAUACCCCACCCGCUCAAAUACGAAGUGCACUUCAAGAUCCAGACGACGAGCCAGUCGUCCCCCCAGCAGGCGUACAACACUGCCCUCACGGCCCUCGAUGGCGAGAUGCUGCACCUCAAGGCCGCCUUCCAAGAGGCAGUGAAGCAAUGUCGCGAGCGCCCGGCUUACUACUGACAGUAGAACUUUCGUUUUGCGUAUUGCUUGUUUUUUUCUCUCUUUUUUUGUAUGUAGGAUAGAAUUAUAUUCAUUAGUUCUUUCCUCUCUUUUCUCAACCGUUUCUUCUGUUCUGUUGGCCGCUAAUGAAUUCUGUAACGGAGA